AUGGACGAAAUUACCAAGAUGUCCGGCCCGGUUCCGCAGAACUUCAAUGCCGAUAAGGCAGACAAUCUGCAGGACAUUGAGAAGCAAUUUGCAGUCAAGGCGGUCCAGCACCUUGAAACAUAUUGGGCCGUCCUCGAGAAGGUCAAAGGCUCAUCCUUGCGUUUGACAAAGAUAGAUGAUGAUAUCUUGGCUCAUCUCAAGAUAGCCUUCCCCGAUUUUGAUCCCAAUGAAACCAUCAACGAGGAUGACAUGAAAAGCAAGGCGGGAAAGGAACAGUGGCGCAAGUUCAUGAUGGCGUACGAGAACAAGGUUGAUGACUACAACUUUGGCACUAUGCUUCGGACGAGCCCCAAAGUAGAAUACGAACAGGACACUACUAUAUUCGUUCCUAGAAUGCAGUUCUAUGCUGUCGAAAUAGCAAGAAAUAGGGCAGGACUUAACGACUGGAUCUACGAGAAGGCCAAUGGUUCUAAAUAG